ACACAACAUGCGGUGACAAUGGUCAUCAGCCAUUUUCUAUACAGUAUCGAUUGCAAUAAUCACUGAAUAUCGAAUGAUUAAUCAAUAGGCGUGGAACUCGGAUGUAUCACGUUGUCACGAAUAUUCAUAAGUGCUUCUAUUGCAUGCACGAAGUCAAAAGGAAGACUACUCGUAUUGAAAUGAUUGGUGGGCCCGAUUUUCAUUUCAACAUUAGUUCUGUGAAGAAAGCGUUUCAUCAAUGGCUCGUUUGAAAGUAAUGCCUUUCUUUCUCAUGAUGUCCGGUUUACGUCUUUAUGAAGUGUUUGUAUUUGCACAGGAAACAUCCACAAAUAUAUUGAAUCCCGAAACUAUUGACUCUUCCAAGAUUCGUCUCAUCGGAGGAUCUGAUGCUUCUAAAGGUAGGGUGGAGAUCUUCUACGAAGGUGUUUGGGGAACAGUGUGUGACAAGACCUGGGACUUUCAGAGUGCCAAGGCUGUGUGCCGACUGCUCGGCUUUGAAGGGGCACUGGCGGCGCCUGGUGCUGCUGCGUAUGGUCAAGGGUCUGGCAGGAUUCUCGGUUGCGAUUCCACAGAUGACAAACUAGAUUGCUACCAUCAAGGGAUUGGUGUCCUUGAUUGCCAUCAUGACGACGACGCAGGAGUCAGAUGCUUCAUGGGGUCGGAUCCGUUCGAGGUUCGUCUUAUGGGAGGCGACGGAGCAGAUGGCGCUCCUGAUGGAAGGCAGGGUAGGGUUGAAAUUCUUUACGACGGAGCCUGGGGAACCGUCUGUGACAGCCACUGGGACGUCAGUGACGCAACGGUGGUAUGUCGGAUGCUAGACUUCGAUGGCGCACUGGAAGCAACGCAUUCUGCCAACUUCGGCAAGGGUUUGGGGGACAGUGUCUUGGAUGGUGUCCGCUGCAGAGGAUCAGAGGAGCACCUUGCAGACUGCAUGCAUGGUGGAUUCGGGACAAAUGUUUGCAGUCACGAAAAAGAUGCGGGUGCCAUCUGUUAUUCCAAUGUUCGUCUCGUAGGAGGAUCGAACGCUGCCGAAGGCCGCGUUGAGAUACAGCAAGGUGGUAGAUGGGGAACUGUUUGCCACGACCAAUGGGACAGCUUUGAUGCUACCGUUGUAUGUAGAAUGCUCGGGUUUCAAGGAGCCUUGGAGGCCCUGGGAUCUGCACACUUUGGCAAAGGAUCGGGAGAAAUCUUCAUGGACGAAGUCCAGUGCGAAGGAACAGAGUUACGUCUAACAGAUUGUAAGCACAACGGAAUAGGUGAACACAACUGCGCACACAACGAGGACGCCAGCGUGGUGUGUGAUACUUUCCAGAAAGGCUGUUCUACAAAUAUAAAUGUUGGUGUGAUCGUUGGUACUGUACUAGGAACUAUCAUCUUAAUACUGAUGCUCUUCAUCGGUGUGGCAGUUUUGAUAUUAAGGGGCUUCCGUAGGAUAGGGAGGAACAAGAAAAAGUACAAGGAGAAUCUUUCACCGUCCUUCCCAUCGGAGAUCAUGAUCGGAUCACUUGAACCUGAGGGUAUCAAUAUCAAACCUCCAAAGCUGCCAGCUAGGGCAUUAACAUUUCCCAUAGGCUUUCGAAAAGGUGAAAAGUCCCCUCCAGGUGGGACGGUGGAAAUCUGUCAGAGUCCCAAACCUGAAGAUGCAGACCCUGUAGGCCUUAACACUGGUCAUGCUGGUGAAGAUUGCGUCUACAUGAGCAUGGAAACAGAGUACAUGGCGCCCUCUGCGUCCAACGAUGAUCAGGAUACAAUCUCGACCACAUUGCACAGGUCAGUGGUCUCGGAUGAAGAAGGAACAGUCGCAGUCAAGGACAGUGUUUAUAUGGGGGACGAGCAGGUCGAAGCCGACAAUCUUUCGGAUAUCGAAGAAGUGGUCGCUUCUAAAGUGGAGGAUGAUAUUACUUCAGAAUGAAAAUGCAUGCCCGACCUAGACCUAAAAGUAUCUGACUCCAUAUAAGAAAGAUACUUAAGCAACUUGUCCGACACUCAGCACUGAACUGUAUUAUAAAACAAAACCUCAAGUUUCUACUUCUUCGGUUGCUACACUGGACUACUUUUGUCUUCACAACACCACCUCCAUAAAAGUCAUCUUCCACUCUGUGCAAAGCCCCUGCACCCCCAAAAUUACUUAUUGAUUUUAACCGUUGUAUUAAUUUUUUUUCAUCGAAAUGUAGAUCUAUGAAUGAUUGUAGUUUUGAAAAUAAUCAGAAUCUAGUCUAGUUAACACCCCCGUGCAAUUUCAGAAGUCCGUUGUAAAUUUACGAACAGCGUUAUGUAUUAUACCUAAAAGGGGACUUAUUGUCAAUGAAGGCCACGGCCGCACACCUUACGACUCGUCCAUGAUCCGAUUUUUAUACAAAUCGCAUUUUGCUAAAAGUUUCAGACAAUGUGAAUAAAAAGUAUCCUUACCUUUGAAGUCCGUAUUAAAUGAAAGAAUACUAAUAUAACAAGUUUGGAUGAUUGCAAGGCAGCCUUUAUCAUGUUUAUUUAGGAGUAAAGACCAAAUAAGUCAAAAAUCGUAGCUAAUUGUACGAUUGCUCUGACGCCAUUACGACUAGAUAUUAAAUUCGAUUUUACUCUUAUAAGGAUGACAGCAGAGUCACAGAUUUGAACGUAGGUAUUCGUAAGAUGAUUUAGAACAUUACACAACAAGAUAUUCCAUGUCUCAACGUUAGAAUCAAAUUCUACUACGUUUUAUUCCAAAAUCUGUUCGCAGACCAAUCGUAAGGUGAGCGGUGGCAUUAAGAAUGGCUUGUUACAUCAAUUGUGAAAUUUAGGUCCUACAUAUACUUAUUUAUAGCCCUGUACCAUGUAUGCUUUUAUAAUAGUUAAAUGGCUAAGAUAUCGUAUAUUGUGUUAGAAGCUACAAUUAAGAAGGACACAUAAUAAAAAACAUUAUACACCAGUUAUUACUAUGAUAUUAACAUAAUGAUAAAGCUAGUUUUAUUGUUCUAGGAAUACAUGUAAUUGAGUCGAACAAUAUUUGGCAAUAAUUUCGCUUAUGAUUAUGCAAGAAAUUAAGUAAAAUGCGAAUAAAUAAAUCGAACAUUACAACCCUGAUUAAAAUAUAUAAUACCAAACAAUUGUUGAUAUAAAUAAUGAGUACAUGAUUCUAAAAAUGCAAAAAUAUGUAUAUCUCCAAAGUCUGUUAGAAGAUUCAUCAGUCAGAAUGUUCUAUUUUCGCAUAGUAUAAUGUAAAAUAAUAAAAACUUAAGUUUUAACAUGUAAUUAAUGUUCAUUAAAAGGAACAAAAACGAGGGCACA